AUGAUGUGCAUGUCUGGCAAGUACGCGAGGGCGGCAUGGACCGUGCUUGUUGCUGUCGUUUUUACCAUGGUGGGCUUUCAAUUUGGAACCAUGCACACGCGUGCGAAGACUGGACUAUGGAGGUUCUGGGCCGAACACGAUUCUGAACAUGAGAAGGGUUUGCUCGGGAGUCGGGUGGCCGUGCUGAUCAUCGGCAGUGCUCGGACACUGGUGUGGCCAGCUGUUUGCCAAAACAUCAAAGCCAACCUCGUAGAUGGCCUGCACCAACGCAGGAACGGAUCUGUUCAAUGGCACGUUGACGUCUUCCUUUUCAUCGCUUUGACUGAUGCAGGUCCCAAGGGACGUAACGUGAGCGGUCAGAGGCAUGGUGUCGACGAGUUGCGGCGGUGCAAAGAGAUACUCAAACCUGUUCACGUAGAGUUGAUGCCUGAAACCUAUCCGAUGCCACAGCAUGAAACCUGCUUGAGCGAAAAAGACAUGCCUCAGUAUUCGUACCAAACUUCAUACUGGCACGUGGCAAAUGCCUCAGAGAGAAAGUACUCUCAGUGCAGGCGUGUGGUCGAGGCCUUCACUUAUGUGGAAAAGGUCUAUGAGCCAAAAACUGGUGUGCGCUAUGAUGCUUGGGUCCGUGCGCGAACGGAUUCCGUGUAUCUUGCGCCUGUGCCCCCAAUGGCAGACUUUGAUUUGCGUGCUCUGAGCAGCACAAGCUUGGCGAUGGUGGACCACUGGCAUCUGGUGUCCCGAGAUUGCAAGACUGCGAUUCCCGUCAACUGCAUCAAGUGCGUCCACAACCAGUACGAUGAGUGCCCGAGCAGGCCAAAGGUUGUGAGAAGAUUCGAUGUGCAACCUGUGGUGGCCCGAGAAAGAGAUGCCACCUGGCUCCGAAAGGCCCAGGGUAUUACUCAAUUGCCAGCGCGGCCGAAGCCGCAUGAGAAGCAAGGCUACUUGUUCCUGGAGUGCGACAGGUGGAGUGAAGAAUGUGCCAGGCUGGUUAACAAAACGAAGGUUGCCGACUACACUGUGAACGGAUCAUGGCACUCCUGCGACCCAAGCCCUUGCAGGAAGAUGCAGCUGGAAUUUCUCAAAGCGGAGUUGCCUGGUGAACGCGAAAGUCGGGUGGCCGUGCUGAUCAUCGGCAGUGCUCGGACGCUAGUGUGGCCAGCUGUUUGCCAAAACAUCAAAACCAACCUCGUCGAUGGCCUGCGCCAACGCAGGAAAGGAUCUGUGCAAUGGCACGUGGAUGUUUUCUUUUUCAUUGCUUUGACUGAUGCAGGUCCCAAGGGACAGAAGGUCAGCGGUCGGAGGCAUGGUGUUGACGAGUUGAGGCGGUGCAAAGAGAUACUCAAGCCUGUUCACGUAGAGCUGAUGCCUGAAACCUAUCCGAUGCCAAAGCAUGAAACCUGCUUGAGCGAGCAAGACAUGCCUGCCUACUGGAACGACACUUCAUACUGGAAAGUAGCAGAUGCCUCAGAGAGAAGGUACUCUCAGUGCAGGCGUGUGGUCGAGGCCUUCAGUUAUGUGCAGAAGGUCUAUGAGCCAAAAACUGGUGUGCGCUAUGAUGCUUGGGUCCGUGCGCGAACGGAUUCCGUGUAUCUUGCGCCUGUGCCCCCAAUGGCAGACUUUGAUUUGCGUGCUCUGAGCAGCACAAGCUUGGCGAUGGUGGACCACUGGCAUCUGGUGUCCCGAGAUUGCAAGACUGCGAUUCCGUUCAGCUGCAUCAGGUGUAAGCACAGCCAGUUCGAUGAGUGCCCGAGUAGGCCAAAGGUUGUGAGAAGAUUCGAUGUGCAACCUGUGGUGGCCCGAGAAAGAGAUGCCACCUGGCUCCGAAAGGCCCAGGGUAUUACUCAAUUGCCAGCGCGGCCGAAGCCGCAUGAGAAGCAAGGCUACUUGUUCCUGGAGUGUCACAGGUUUAAUCAGGAGUGCGCCAGGUCUGUGAACUUGACGAAGGCUGGCAAGCAGCUGGCAGAUGGAGCAUGGCACUCCUGCGACCCAAGCCCUUGCCGGAAGAUGCAGCUGGAGUUUCUCAAAGCGGAAUUGCCUCGGUUGUAG